CCAUAGCCAGAAUUUGACCCACAGCCAUCCCUUCCAUGGAAAUCCUCAGUGCGUGAAAAAUUAUUAAAAAAGAAAAGAAAAACCCAAAAAUGAAAAACAACGUGCCAAAUUUCACGCCCUGCUCUGGAUUGCCAUUACAUCAAAACCAACGUACAAAAAAAAAAAAAACUAGACUGAAAAGAAAAGAAAGGUAUCUAUGCCUUUUCAUUCAAUUCCAUCGAGCAAAAUAAUUACAGGGAAUGUGGGUCAAGAGCUUGAGAUUAACGUCAAUAGUUCUGGGAGCAUGCAAUUUGCUGGUGGUGGUGUUGGGUGGAAUUCUGGUGGCCAUUGCAUUUCCAGGAUGUGGCCACCGCAAGGUUUUGCCACUCGCCAUGGUUUCAAUGUUAGCUGCUAUUAAAAUCGGGACAAUGAUCAAACUGGGAAUUGCCCAAGAAGCCACUGCCAAAACCAUAACCGAUUCUCCUUCUGAAACUGACGUCCUGGACGCUGUUAUUCGCCACGACAGACGGGUGAAAUACAAAACAUGGCUUUGGUGGAGCCGGUUUGCCUUGGUGCUUACCCUGUUGCAAAUUUUGGGUGCUUUUUAUCUUCUCUUUUACGUGGCUAGAUAUCUUUCUCAAGAUGGAAAUUCAAGUCAGUGUUUUGAAGGACUGGCUGCUAGCACUGGUGCAUGGAAGCUAAAAGUAAUGGUUGUAUUUAUGGUCACGGCAUGUUGUAUUGCAUUUGUGCAGUGUUUUACAGGAUCUGAUGUCUUAAGAUGGAGGUUUUUUUAUGCAACGCAAGAUGAUGCAUGGAAAGCUCACUAUCAAGAGGUGUUUGAUUAUGGAAUUCGUGAGGCUUUGUGUUGUCUGGGACGUAUUGAAUACUUCACUGUAUUGGAAGAUGACGAAGUGUAUUCAGUAGCAAAAUUACUGGGUGAUCUUGUUGCUUACCGUGCAUCAGGCACUGGACAUUUGGAACUUUUGACAGGUCUAGCAUUGUUGCAGAAGCAUGGUCAAUCCCAUGAACCCGAUGAAUGUUUUGUUGAGGCACCUCUAGAACACCUGCAGGUGGCUGCUGCUUUUCAUAAAUUUGCUGAAGCUGCCUACACGGGCCCUUUGCUUGAUUUUGGAAGAAAUCCUUUUGUAUUUCCAUGUGCAUGGCUCUAUAGGCAAGGGAUUUUGACCCCGUGGACUCGUAACAGGCGUCCUGCCCUUGAUGGUGAUAACUGGUGGCGAGGUCAUGCAGCAGCAUUUUUAAAAUUUGUCAAUUUACCUCCUGGAGUACUUCGUCGAGGCCGUGUUUGUCAAAAAAAAUGUGAAGCUGCAUAUUUCGUUGUGGUUUUACAUCAUCUAAGAUCUGUAGUGAUUGCUGUACGAGGAACUGAGACCCCUGAAGAUCUCAUAACUGACGGUUUAGGCCGGGAAUGUCCUCUGUCUGAGAUGGAUUUGGAUGGACUGAUAAAUAGCAGUUAUAUUCACCCUUCUGUCAAGCAACGUGUAGAAUCAUCUUUCCCGCACUAUGGGCACUCAGGUAUAGUAGAAGCUGCCCGGGAUCUUUACACACAGAUUGAAGGAUAUUCUGGAGAUGAAUGUCAGACAGUUGGCUUCCUUUCCUCAUUGCUGGGAGCUGGAUGUGAAUGUGAUGGUUAUAGUUUGUGCAUAGUUGGACAUUCCUUAGGAGGUGCAAUUGCUGCAUUGUUAGGAAUAAGACUAUAUCAGCAAUUUCCGAAUUUACAUGUAUAUUCCUAUGGACCUCUUCCAUGCAUUGAUUCAGUUGUGUCAGAUGCAUGUUCAGAUUUUGUAACAAGCAUUGUACACGGCAAUGAAUUUUCUGCCCGCCUUUCAGUUGGAUCGAUCCUACGGCUUCGUGCAGCUGCAAUAACAGCACUAUCAGAAAAUACCAAAACUAAUACAGCCUUGAUUUUCAGACUUGCACACCAAUUUCUUUAUGCGAACAAUUCUCAUAGAAUUAAGAUUGAGGCAGAGAAUCCGGCCGAAUAUUCUUCUGAAAUAAGCAAAGAGAGCAAGGAUCAAGUUCCGGAGUUUUCCCUCUGUCAUGAGACUGAUAGGAGACAAAAUCUUGUUGACAUUGGUGAUAGUGAUUUCAUCAAUCCUUUUGUUGACAUUGGUGAUAGUGAUUUCAUCAAUCCUUUUGCUGCUGAUCUAAAUCGAUCAGAUGAUCCAAUAUCUCAGUUUAUGGAAACUGUCUCCAGAUCUGAAAAUGGGUCGGCCAGUGAUCCUACUGAGAUGUUUCUACCAGGCCGUGUAAUUCAUAUAGUACCUCAAAAACAAAACCUAAAUAUCCCACUGUGGAAAAGCUGGACGGUCCAAGAGAACUCACUGAAGUAUAAAGCUUUCUUAGUAAACAGAGAAGACUUAAAAGAUAUUGUGGUUUCACCUAAUAUGUUCUUUGACCAUCUGCCCUGGAGAUGUGACUCUGCCAUGCGAAAGGUUUUGGAAGCUGAAAAUGUCAUAGGUGCACUGGAUGUAUCUCCGAUUGUGUGACUGGCAUCUUUUGAGGCCAAUAUUCAGUGUUGAAUGUUUGUCUUUAGGAUGAAAACCCAUGGUUGCAUGAUCAAACAUGUUAUCAAGCAUAGUCUUAGAGACUUUGGGUAUGAACAGUUAGGCCAUAACGUGGCGCACAUUUUUGAGCCGAAUUGAAGUAACUUGCCGUGUACCCUCCAUAUUUAGAAAAGGGUGCUACACUGAAACACAUUGUCCAGCUUUUGUGUCACAGGAUUCUUUGGCAUCUUCUUGCUAUUUUGGCCAAUUGAACAAAUUCACUACGGAGAUGGUUGAAUCUACAUUUUUUCAAUGUGAUAAUUAUGUUACAAAAUUUUUGAAAAUUA